AUGAAGCCCCAAAGCUGCCCACCACGGUCCGCGAGCUCCGCGGAUUCGGGUGGGCAGGGUGGAUCGGGGCGACAGGUGGAUCAGGUGGAGGCUAACGGUCAUUGCGUGGCCACCUUCCAGAGCUGGGAAUGGCACGACCCGAGGCUCACCUAUGCAUGGCAGCAGACAGAUACGGAGAUCAAAGUCUACAUCUCCUUCGAUCAGUCUGAGGACCAUCUACAGGAGCUCCAAAACGUCAAGGAAUCUCAGGUGAAGGCCGCCUUCGGCGAAUGGAGCGCCACAGUGCUCAUCGAGCUGGGCGGGCGGCCUUUCGGCCUGCGGCUGAACGACUUCCACCGACGCUUGGCGCCGGAGAAGUGCUCGUGGGCGCUGCGGAGCUCGCGGAUCACCUUGAAGCGCCUGGGCGAAGGUCCCAGCUCCACCAUGGCUUCCGGUAGCUUCGAGACCACGGCUUGCGAUCCAAUCAACAGCGGCUACACUGGCAGCAUUACGGUCAGUUGCUUCUUCGGUGUCCUGGAAGCCAACCCAGCAGCCUGCAGUGCCAAGCCUUGUGCAGCUGGGGAUCCAGUGACCGUGACCUUGGAUGGCGUCAGCGAGACCUUGAACUUGGCCUCAGAGUUGGCGUCCGGCUUGAACCGAGUGGCCUUUUGUACCGAUGUGAACUCGGCUUGGGGCGGUCAGCUGACCUUGAGCUGUUCCAUGGGUUCAUUGAGCUUUGACGUCUCCACCUGUCAGAAGGCGUGCGCCACCAGCGACACCUUGACGCUGGCGCUCGGGGCGCUGAGCUCCACCGUAAGCCCCUCCAACCGCCUGCUGAGUGGCGAAACCGAGUACAACCGG